AGUGGGCUCUCGCUCCAUUUCCGGUUGGGAGGAGAGGAGAGUAGUUCGGCUGGCAGAGCUGGGAUCAUGGCGUCUCCUUCACGUCGGCUCCAGACUAAGCCCGUUAUCACAUGUCUGAAGAGCGUCCUGCUCAUCUAUACCUUCAUCUUCUGGAUCACAGGUGUCAUCCUUCUGACUGUUGGCGUUUGGGGGAAAGUCAGCCUGGAUAUUUAUUUUUCUCUACUUAAUGAGAAUGCCACCAACGUCCCUUUUGUGCUCAUUGGAACUGGGGCUGUCAUCAUUCUCCUGGGCACUUUUGGGUGCUUUGCCACAUGCCGGGGGAGUACUUGGAUGCUGAAACUGUAUGCCAUGUUCCUCUCUCUUAUAUUCCUGGUUGAGUUGAUUGCAGCCAUUGUAGGACUGGUCUUCAGACACGAGAUAAAGAACAGCUUUGAACAUGGCUACCAGCAAGCUCUCCAACAGUACAACUCCACCGGUGAUGCCAGGAGCCAGGCUGUGGAUACCAUUCAGAGGACUUUGCAGUGUUGUGGAGUUAAAUCUUACAUUAACUGGGGUGAAACGCCAUACUACAAGGCGCAUGGUAUCCCCAUGAGCUGUUGCCGCCUUCCAGGUAACUGCACAGAAGCCGACAUGAAGGACUUGGUAAAAGCCAAAGAUAAAGUAUUUCCACAGGGCUGCAUAGCUUUGGUAACUACAGUGAUGGAGUCCAGAAUGGGCAUUGUAGCUGGGAUAUCAUUUGGGAUAGCUUGUUUCCAGCUUGUUGGAAUGUUUCUAUCCUGCUGCUUGUCCCGGUACAUAACGAACAACCAGUAUGAGAUGGUGUAGAUUCAGCCUGAUGCGGCAGGUAUUCAGUUUUUCAGGAAAUUGUUCAUUUUUAUGUGAAGCAUUGAAGACUCUGUCACUGGCGUAUAUCAACAUCUUCCUGGGAAAACCUCCUGCUCAGUGCAUAGGACUCUUUUUUUACCUCACUACUCAUUUGCUCUUUGUCUGUGGGUGCUCACUUCUGGAGCACUCUACUCUUAACAUUGACAAUAUUUUAACGAUAUCUGUACUCUAGCAUAAGCGAUGCAUUCCACAAACUGAUCUGCGGAUUGAUACACUAAUGCUUGUGGAAAGAUGGAUAUCUUGAUAGCACAUGCUUUACUUUAUGAAUUGAGUUAUGUUACUUCCUUACUCGUCUAGUAACCACACUAUUGUUAGUUUGUUUUGUAAAUUUUUUAUUUUUUUUUACAAUUCGCAUAAAGAACAAUUUUGUUGUUUGGUACCAUAGAUCCAAUAUUGGGUUCUAUCACUUACAGUAUUGAUCCAGACUAGACUCUUGCACAUACAUCUUAUUUGUCCUUUUAGUUAGAAAAAAGGAACCUUCAAGGAAAUGGUUUUUGUUUAAAUGUGAUAAUCAAGCAUACAUGUAAUUUGCUUGUCUAUGAAGCGGCAUUCAUAGAAAAUCCGACUGGCCUUCCCUGCCUGUAACUAUUACAGGAAUCAAUUUACUGUUUUCCUUGUUGAAACGGAGCCGAAAAUCAAAUUAUGGUCAUCAGCAGAAAUCUGCAAAGGUUAGCUUAAACUGGUUGUUGUUCCCUGUCUGUUCUCGUGUGGAGACUGCUCUGGUAAAUUUAAAAGAAAAAGAUAAGCACGUUUGCAUACACUUUUCAGCAUCUCUGUAUGUGCCCUAUGUGUGCACCCUUAGUAAUUUUCCCCUAGAAUGUUUUGGGAAGAAAAUUGACUGAGAGGACAAGCCUGAAAAUGGGUUUAGCGUACAGAUUGUUGCAGUACCAAUUAUAAGGUGUGUGUGUGUGGGUUUUUUUUUUUUUAAAUCCAUGCAUUCUUACAGAACAGUCAGCUCAACACCAAAACUAAAAAAAAAAACUUCAUGCUACUCCUACUUUGGCUAUACAAUCUUGCAAAACAAAAACCUCUCAAUUUUUCUGCCUUUACCUCUUCAGGACUAGGUAGCUCAUAACUUCUUUAUUUUUCUCUUUUUAUAGUUAGUAAAGUUACUGGGGUUUCUCCCAGAGAUCUGCAGUAUGUAGGCCAACCUGGAGCAGUUAAAGCAUUUGAUUAUGUAUGAGAUUAAUGCCCUGAUACUGGGGCAUUUAGUGUGUGUGUGUGUGUGUUGCCUCCAGAUGGAGUGUUAACAAAACCUUAAUUCUAAUUCUCUGAAAAAGUAAAUUUACAGACGUUAAAAAUUGUUUUGGAAUGCAUAUUAAAACAUUUUUUUUUUUUUUUUUUU